CCUGUGAAAGCUUUCUACAAUCUCCACCUCCUCUCCGCUCCUUGUCCUUAGUAUCGUUAUCAUUUUGCGACUAUUCAAUGUUGAGUGACCUCUGAUAUCUUACCUCCUCAACAUGCCACCAUUCAUUCCAACGGCAAGAGAGAUCUGCCUACUCGCUAUCCUUCUCGUGGUGCUUCUCUCUGGGUCUAGCAAGCUAAAGUCCAGCAACCUCAACGUCUCAGAUAUUACACGGCUACGUGGCAGUUCUGGUUCCAUCGAGGAACCUUACAUGGACACAAACUCUGUACCAUUCGACACACAGUAUAGCUUGCAACAGUUGAACACGCCGUUGAAAUGGGGUUUGGGUCAAGUCCCGGAAACUGAAAUCGUCGCGCACGUUCCUGGAUGGACAAUAUUUGAUAGGCUAUACAUCCUAAACGGUACCACCUAUGUUGUAACUGACAGCCCACAUACGAUACCCGACAGGGCUCUUAUGACCUCAACUUCGAUUGCCAUCAAGAAUGGCAAGGCAGAGGAGUUAAAGCGGAGACCCACAGACCGAGAGAUGCGUAUAAUCAAUACGGAUGAAGCAAGAAAGUUAUUCGGGACGCAAGCAGAACGACUAGAUGGCGUCUCGUUCCUUGCUAACGAUCCAAAAGAAUUCAUCACACAUUACUACCAUUGGUCUGCGGAACUCUUCUUCGGCAUGUGGAGAACAUACUCUUCUCUAGACCCGUCAAUAUCCCCCACUGGAGAAACCGACCUUCCUUCUCCUCGACGAAUGAUGUUCACCCACAUCGAUGCAGCCAACUGGCGCGACUACGCCUCCAUGAACCAAUUCGUUCUCUUCAGCGCCUUCCCCUCAAUCACCAUGGAAUUCUGGAACGACUGGCUUGAACGUGCGGCGAUGGGCCGCCCGUUCGUAUUCGACCGAGUACUAUUCGCUGAUCGCGCUGCAGCCAUGCACGGCACCAACUUCCUCAAGACUCAGAGGACUGCUGCUAAUGCAUUCGCUUUGCCGGGCAGUGUGAAUUGGUGGGCACCUGUGAGGAAUAGCGUUGUGCGAUUCGCGGGCCUCAAAGAGGAGGACAAUCCCAAUGCGUUGGACAGUACGGCUCCGCCUGUUAUCACUUAUAUUUCGAGACAGGGGUGGGGACGUCGUAUGUUGAUACAGGAGCACCAUGACCGGCUGGUGGAGGAGUUAUACAAGCUCAGGGACACCUAUGGAUAUGAGGUGAAUGUGGUAAAUAUGGAUAAGCUCACAAGGCAUGAGCAAUUGCAGCUCGCUGGGAGAACUACGAUCAUGAUGGGUGUACACGGAAAUGGAUUAACAUCACUCGUGUGGAUGAAGCCAACACCAAAAUCAACCGUCAUGGAGUUCUUCUUCCCUGGAGGGUUUGCUCACGAUUAUGAGUACACUACUCGUGCGCUCGGCAUGGUUCAUUACGGCUUCUGGGGUGACACGGCAUUCACCCGACCCGACGUCCCACCAGUGGCAUAUCCCGAAGGGUUCCAAGGAAAUAAGAUACCCAUCGACGCAGAGCUUGUUGCUCGCCUGGUUCACGAGCGGUUGACGCUACAGGAGGAGGCAGAUGACUAGAAGCUUACAUACACUGGAUACUCUCUAUCGCCUCAUGACCCAUAGGACUUUCAAAUUGGAUGGUUGUCUCUGUCGAUCUAACUUAUUUUGCUAUCGCUAGUGUCCUUAGAGCCUGGAUAAUACCGUAAUCCUUAUUCUCAGCCGACGAACAUAUGAUACCUUAAUAUAAGGCCUCCGUAGCA